AUGGUGUCUGGCACUCCCACCCGCGGCGCCCCCAAGACGGCGGACGAGAAGGCCGCCUUCGAUGGGAAGGCGACGCUUCGUGUUUACAACUUCUGUGCCCAGGACGUGCCGUCGGCCCAGCAGUGGGUGGACCAGAUCCAGAGCUACAGACGUUCUGGGUCGCUGAGCCGCGCUCGGCCGAGGCUUUUCCCUGCGCUGACCGUGCCGCCUUCCUCCCAGCCGAGAUCUCGGAUUGGCGUGGCCAUCGGCGACCAGAUCCUGGACCUGAGCGUCAUUAAGCACCUCUUCACCGGGCCCAUCCUCUCCAAACACCAGGAUGUCUUUGUUCAGCCAACUCUCAACAACUUCAUGGCGCUGGGCCAGGCCGCCUGGAAGGAGGCGCGAGCUUUCCUGCAGAACCUGCUGUCCGCCAGCCAGGCCAGGCUGCGAGACGACGCGGAGCUGCGCAAGCGUGCGUUGGUCCCCCAGGCUCUGGCCACCAUGCACCUCCCAGCUGUCAUCGGUGACUACACGGACUUCUACUCCUCGCGGCAGCACGCUGAGAACGUCGGGAUCAUGUUCCGGGGCAAGGACAACGCCCUGAUGCCCAAUUGGCUGCACUUACCCGUGGGCUACCAUGGCCGCGCCUCCUCCGUCGUGGUGUCGGGCACGCCGAUCCGCAGGCCCAUGGGCCAGAUGUGCGUGAUCGCUAUGUUUACGGUUCUAGCUGGUCCCCGAUAUCCUACUCCCGCCCCUGUCAGAAACACUGUGCAUUCGGGGCCUCGGACAGGCCUGACCUUUGCCCUCCAGGUGCGCGACCUAGGGCGCCCGGUGAGCCCAGACCCUCACCCGCUCCCCGCGCGGCAGGCUUUCUUCGUAGGUCCCGGGAACCGCCUGGGGGAGCCGAUCCCCAUCUCCAAGGCCCACGAGCACAUUUUCGGGAUGGUCCUCAUGAAUGACUGGAGCGCCCGAGACAUUCAGCGGUGGGAGUACGUGCCCCUGGGGCCGUUCCUGGGGAAGAGUUUCGGAACCACCAUCUCCCCGUGGGUGGUGCCCAUGGAGGCCCUCAUGCCCUUCGUGGUGCCCAACCCGGAGCAGGACCCCAAGCCGCUGCCGUAUCUCUGCCAUGACCAGCCCUACACGUUCGACAUCAAACUCUCUGUCGCCCUGAGAGGAGAGGGAAUGAGCCAGGGAGUUCCCAUCUGCAAGUCCAAUUUUAAGUACAUGUACUGGACGAUGCUGCAGCAGCUCACUCACCACUCCGUCAACGGCUGCAACCUGCGGCCCGGGGACCUGCUGGCUUCCGGAACCAUCAGCGGGCCGGAGCCAGAAAGCUUCGGCUCCAUGCUGGAGCUGUCCUGGCGAGGCACGCAGCCCAUCGAGCUGGGCAACGGGCAGACGCGGCGGUUUCUGCAGGACGGGGACGAAGUCAUCAUCACAGGACACAUGCCCGGGGGUCGC